AUGUCCAAAUCCUUGCAGAAGAAGGUUUUUUGGGCCACUCUGAGUUUCGAGGCUUUAGGUGACAUGAACGGAGAAGGCAGCGCUUUUGGUUCACAUCACGAGUCUCGACAUCUUGGGAGGAUGCCUGAAGGAGACCUGAUAAGGUUCUCAAAUGAUUUCCUGGAAAAGUACUUUAAGUUUCAGCCUCUCACCAAGCUUUACUGCCGCAACGGAGGCUACCAUCUGAGGAUCAUGCCUGAUGGAAGCAUCAGUGGUAGCUUGGAUGAGAAUGACCCUCAUGUUAUACUGAGACGGUGGGCGAAAGAGACAAGUGUGGUCGUUGUGAAAAGUGAGCACACGGAAAGAUUCCUGGCUAUGAACGAUGAAGGUUGCCUCUAUGGUUCAGAGGCACUCAACGAUGAUUGCUUCUUUGUGGAGAGCCUGGAGGACAACAAGUACAACACGUAUCAAUCCAAGAAGCACAAUUGGUAUGUUGGGCUGAAGAAGAAUGGAGAGCCCAAAUCAGGCCGCGAGGCGAAGUUGUCUCAGAAUGCAGUCUUCUUCGUGCCAAGGCCAGCCGAAACAAGUGCGGCUGCCUUUGAAGAAGCUUAA